AUGUCGGUCGUAGGAGUCGACCUCGGAAACCAGAACACUGUCAUAGUAAGUGUCCCGCUCACCUGGACGUCACCUCGACACGGAUGGCAGCAUGGCAGGAUGGCAGAGCUACUCGACAGGGGAGAUUGAGAUGCUUGGGGAGAAGUAGAUCGUCAGAACAGAAACUGACAGUCCUAUAGGCAGUCGCCCGCAACAAGGGCGUCGACGUCAUCACCAAUGAAGUCUCUAACCGCGCCACGCCCUCCCUCGUAGGCUUCGGCCCCAAGAGCAGAUAUCUCGGCGAGGCCGCGAAGACGCAGGAAGUCUCCAACCUCAAGAACACCGUCGGUUCCCUCACACGACUCGCCGGUCGCUCAUUACAAGACCCCGAUGUGCAGAUCGAGCAGGAAUACGUCUCGGCGCCGCUCGUCGAGGUCAACGGCCAGGUUGGCGCGGAGGUCACAUACUUGGGUCAGAAGCAGAGGUUCUCGGCUACCCAGCUGAUCGCCAUGUUCCUGACCAAGACACGAGAGACCGCGUCGAAAGAGCUGAGACUGCCCGUGAAUGACAUGGUCCUGUCAGUGCCCGCUUGGUACACGGAUGCGCAGCGGAGGGCUAUGCUGGAUGCUGCUGAGGUCGCCGGCAUCAAGGUCCUGCGCCUCAUCAACGAGACCACCGCGACUGCUCUUGGAUACGGUAUCACCAAGCUGGACCUGCCAGGACCAGAGGAGAAGCCUCGUCGAGUGGCAUUCAUCGACAUUGGACACACCAACUACACUUGCUCCAUCUGCGAGUUCCGCAAGGGUGACCUGAAAGUCGUCUCGACCGCGUACGACAGGCAUUUCGGUGGCCGCAACUUCGACAAGGCCAUCAUCGACCACUUCCGUAAGGAGUUCAAAGAGAAGUCCAAGAUCGACAUCUACGAGAACCCCAAAGCCCGCGUACGUGUCGCCUCGGCCGUCGAGAAGCUGAAGAAGGUCCUCUCUGCCAACGCCGUGGCACCGAUCAACAUUGAAUCAUUGAUGAAUGACGUGGAUGUUCGUGGAAUGCUCAAGCGUGAGGAGAUGGAAGAGCUUGUUCGACCUCUACUCGAGCGCGCGACUGUCCCCUUGGAGCAAGCACUGGCAGAUGCCAAGCUGAAGACUGAGGACAUUGAUCACAUUGAACUAGUUGGCGGCUGCACGCGUGUUCCGUCAUUGAAGGCUGCCAUUCAAAACUUCUUCGGCAAGCCACUCUCCUUCACCUUGAACGCAGACGAGGCCAUAGCUCGUGGCUGCGCGUUCAGCUGCGCCAUUCUGUCCCCGGUCUUCCGUGUGCGUGACUUCAGCGUGCAAGACAUUGUCAAUUACCCAAUCGAGUUCGCAUGGGAGAAGUCUGCAGACAUUCCGGACGAGGACACCAACCUGACGGUCUUCAACAAGGGCAAUGUUAUGCCUUCCACCAAGAUUCUCACAUUCUACCGAAAACAGCCUUUCGACCUCGAGGCCAAGUACGCCAAGCCUGAGCUGCUUCCGGGUAAGAUGAACCCAUGGAUUGGGCGCUUCAGCGUCAAGGGUGUCAAGGCCGAGGGCGACGAGUUCAUGAUCUGCAAGCUGAAGGCACGCUUGAACCUUCACGGCAUCCUCAACGUGGAGCAGGGAUACUACGUCGAGGAGCAGGAGAUUGAGGAGCCAGUGGCGGAGUCGAAGGACGAGAAGAAGGAUGGUGAUGUGAGUACAGCCCGUGAUUUGCGUUCUCGUUUUGCUUUUGUGUCGACGGAAGAGGAGGACAAGGUUUUGCAGGUGGCGGCGUCGGGCUUUAACAAUCUGCACAUCGAAGAACGAGCGGCAAAACGCCCGCGAUUCGAAGAACCAUUGCUGACGAAUCGACAGGCAAUGGACACCGACCAGGCCAACGGUGAGGCCAAGCCGCCUGCGAAGACGCGCAAGGUAAAGAAGCAGGUCCGCAAGGGCGACCUGCCGCUCUCUGCCGGCACAGCGUCGCUCGACCAAUCCAUCAAGGACAGCUUCAUGGAGAAGGAAGGUCAGAUGGUUGCGGAAGACAAGCUCGUCGCCGAGACGGAAGACAAGAAGAACGAGCUCGAGUCUGAGAUCUACUCGCUUCGUGGCAAGCUCGACGAGCCAUACGAGAGCAAUGGGUACGCGGAAUUCGCGAACGAAGACGAGAAGGCCAAGAUCAAGGCCAAGUGUGAGGAGCUUGAGGUAUGUGCUACACUCCCGAUGUCUCCUGUCUGAUCAGUAUUAAUUGUUUCGUAGGACUGGCUGUACGAGGACGGUGAAGAUGCCUCCAAGGCACAGUAUGUCGCCAAGCUGGACGAGCUCCGAGCAUCGGCUGGACCGGUGAUCCAACGCUUUAACGACAAGCGACAGGAGGAAGAGGACGCCCGGCGGAAGGUGGAAGAGGAGAAGCUGGCCAAGCAGCGUGCAGAGCAGGAGGCCAAGAAGAAGGCGGAGGAGGAGAAGCGGAGAGCUGAUGAGGAAGCGAAGAAGGCUGCGCAGGGCGAGCAGAAGCCGGAUGAGGAGAUGAAGGAUGCCGAUGGUGAGGGAACGAAGCCGGCCGACGUCGAGGAAGCCUGA